AAUUUAACAAGAAGCAAAAAUUAAACAUAGCAUGGAAGAGAACCAAAGUUCGUGCAUGUAGCAUGUUAUCCAUCGGAAAUACUCGUGGAAAUGAUUACAUAGUUCAAGAUACGUAUUUUGUGCUCAUAAAGUCGCCAGUGAACGGAGUCAGCUAAAAUGCGGGCAUAACCGCUUUCAACUUAUAUAUUUGUCUCCCUUUUCCUUACAAGACUUUAAGAUAUACACUUUAAAAGCGGAAAUGUCAAAGAAAAUACUAACUAAGAAAAAAUCUCAGAUUUAUUUUCUUUUAUAACACUUUUUCCUAAAUAUUGAUUCACAAAGGUAUCGAGAGUAUAAAGAGCUGGUCAUCAUCGCGCAACUUCAGACAGUGCUCGAUGUGGGGCACUAUUCCGCAAAUAACCUCGCAGUAUCGUAGUCGAUGUAAGUGUUAAAUGAGUUGCCUGGAUGAUUUAACUAAUUCCUUCGAGAUUCCUUCGCAGAAAUCUCUACGCUCAAUGGUAUUAGCACCGAUGUUCGCGCAGGAUGAAAAAGAGGAUAUAUUUUAUUCGGAGGUGACAGGUCGCGCUUGAUAAUUCACCACGACGUCCACGGACGUCCGACAGAACGAGAAACGCCGCAACAUACGGCGAAUUCGCGACGAGCGGAUACGAUGGCACCUAACUUAACCUAAAAGGUCUAACGAGGUGAAACUAGGUUCCCUCGAGCAUCGCCGAGCACGUUGCGAUACAUUUUAUUUGUACGCUUCGCUUCAGCUCGAAGCAACAACAAGAAUGGAGACCCAUGAGGGUGAGCAGUAUGUGACAUUUCCCCUUGAUGUGCAUGAUGCCAUACAGGAGAAUAUGAUAUCUCAUGAGGAGAUAUGUGAGCCUGUCGACGAAUGCGUUCUUCAAGAAAAUCUGACAGAAGUCACAAUCAGUAAUACUGCCAGUAAUGACAUUGUGGAAACUCAGAAUACCGUCGAGAUCCUUGCGGAGCAGUCGGAAGAGGAAGAUGACAAUCAAGUGGUAUAUCCAAUGUAUAUCAAGCAGGAAGAACAGCAACAAUAUACAUCAGGUGAUGAUGAGUCCAUGGCUGUAGAGGCUCUGCGUCAGCUGGGUGGUAUGUAUCCUUGUUUUGAGAACAAGAAAAUCAGCUGUCCAGUCUGUAAGCAUCUUUUUACCCAAGAGGAAAUGGUUGACCAUCAGUCUGUAUGUACAGUGCCUAAGCUAUCCUGUACAACUUGCGGAGAAAGAUUUGAGAGAAAGAUUGAUUUGAAUAAUCAUAUGGUUUGUCAUCAAGUAGAUCGUCCUCAUUCUUGUAGAACAUGCGGUAAUUUGUUCCGUUCAAAGAGCAGUUUGCAGACACAUAUGCAACAGACGCAUAUGCAUCAUAUUGAACGACCGCACAAGUGUACUAUUUGUGGCUUGGAUUUCCAGCGACCUUCCAGCUUGUCUAAUCACAUGAAAAUACACACCUAUGUUGCUGGACGGGCCAUCAUGCAAUCACAGAGUAACAAUGUAUCUCAGUCUGUGGAAACAUUCAAGAAGUGGCCAGAGAAUUCGUCUGAUUCGCAGAAUGCUUCUCAGAUGUCAUCUUCGUCUGUCCAGUCUAUACAAAACUAUGAUGUAUGUCAAGUUCAGUGGCCAGUUUCGUCAUACAAUUUCCAUAAUGAGCAAUCAAUAGUUACCACAAUAUCAAAUCAUCAGGAUACCAAGAUGGAUACAUUGCAAGAAUUUACCGUGAUGCCCAAUGGUGAAGUAGCACAAUUUAGCGAGUACACCGAGCAAAAUAAUAUUAGCGAUUCGGUUAACAACAGUCAACAGUACGAUAUAACAAUAAAUUCUUUCAAUACUCCUGAUGGAAUAGUUAAAGUCGAAACACUUUACAGGUACAAUAACGCGAACAGAAGAGAUUAUGGAGAGGCCGAGACAAACAGCAAGCAGUACACGUGUAAACAUUGUGGAAUUAAUUUUUCACGGGCGACCGCGUUGGCGUCUCACGAAAAGAUUCAUGCUUCGAAAAAUUGGAAUAUGCCGAUCGAAUGCGAGUACUGCGACAAACAAUUUCAGGAUGGUAAUCACUUAGCAACCCAUCAAACUACCUGCGCCAAGAAAAUAAUGCAGAACAACAUUGAACAGGGAGUGCCUAACAACAAAUGGGGCAAGCAUGCUUGUUCAGAAUGCGGGAAAAAAUUUACAACGAAACAGAAAAUGUUUCGUCACCAAUGGAUCCAUCGCAAAAAGACUCAUUCGUGCGAAGUAUGUGGUAUGCAAUUUGAGAAGCAGAACGAAUUGGAUGAGCAUAGAUUAUCGGCACAUCCUGGAGAUUCUCCAUUUACUUGCACGGAAUGCGGGAAGAGCUUCGUAUCACGGCAAGGUCUUUGGGAACAUGGUAGAACGCAUGCCGGAAGUCCGGCCCAUUUUCAGUGCGAUACCUGCUCAAAAACAUUUUCUUCUCGUCAAGGAUAUUUGAUACAUAAUCGAACGCAUACUGGUGAACGUCCGUAUGGAUGCAAGUUUUGUUGGAAGGCUUUUCGAGACGGUGGAACUUUGAGAAAACACGAGCGAAUUCAUACGGGAGAGAGACCGCAUGUAUGUCCCUUAUGCUCGAGAGCCUUUAAUCAGAAAGUGGUCUUACGCGAACAUGUUCGCUGGGUUCACGCAGCGGGAAAGAACGAAACAGAAGCGAGCAAUCCUCCGUAUCCGUGUCCUCUUUGUGGUGCUCUGAAUCAGGAUCGAGAUGAGCUCUGCGCACAUAUUGUCAAGCAUUCGGAUCAAAUGAUAGCUGAAGCAAAGGCGAAAACUAACAGCGACACCUCUCCAAAGUCAAAACCAACGAAGAAGAAAUCAUCAAAGUCAUUGUCAUCGUGCAACAUGAACGAACAAACGAAACAGAAUUUAGAGCAAUUUAUGAAGACGGAGCAAAAUGAAGCUUUAUUGUCUAUCACAGAUACAACUGAUAAACCAGAUGAAAUGCAUAUUCUAAACGAGAAACAAAAUAAUGCGUUUGUCGUAGUUACUACGGAUAAACGUAACGAUGGUUUUAUAGCAAUCUCUGAACUUAAGCACAGCAACAUACGUUUCAUUGUGGAUGGCAAAGAAGAGGAGAAUAUUCAAGUACUUCAAGUGGAACACAAUGAGAGGGAUCCUCUCAAUAUAAUUGCUAUAAAUAAGCAAAACGACACGGCGAACAUAGUAUCCACAGAAUCAGUGGAUGAUUCACUCAAUGAAACGGUCAGGCAAAAUAAUAUGUCCGCAUUGCAUUUGAUCCAGUCUCCCAAGCAGAACAAUACUCUAAAUAUAAUAUCGAAACAGAACGAAUCGCUACCUGUUCUAACAAUUCCAAAUCCACAAGGCCACGAAAACUACUCCAGUCAAAUCGUACAGAUAAGUGGCGCAGACAUGUCUAUGAGUGUUAUGGAUCAACAAGUCCUGAAAGAAGAGAAACAUGUUGAAGACGAAGAUUCUUUAAUGCAGGAAGGAACAUCGCAUGUUAUUGUUCAAUAUCAGCAUGACAGUGAUGAUGGAGAAGAUUUUAUUUGUGAAAUAUGCGAAGAAAGAUUUGAUGGCAAAAAUAUGUUGAAGGAACACAUCAAGAUACACAUAUAAUUAUCAAUUAUCAUUUUCACUUUGUUGUUCACGUAUGCUUGUGAUAUUUCACGUCCUAUUAAUGUGACUGUAGAAAUCAAUAAGUAUAUACUUAACCUAUAUGAUCUUUUAUCAGUGACUUAAAUUGCACAAGAUUUAUUUAUAGCUAGUGUACAAGUAACAUUCUAAACAAUUCGAAUUUUUAGAAAGUGAUAUAAGUAAGACAAGAUACAAGGUUCUAUCAUAAUGUUAUGUAUAUAAACUGCAAAAUUUAUGUAUAUAAAUCUAACAUGUAAUACACCUUUUAAUUAGCAAGGUAGAUGUAUUUAUUAAAUGCUGUAAUUAAGCUUU